UUGCGCGAGAAGACGCCCGGGAGCGGCAUGUGCGCAAGGCCCACGCGGAGGGCGACGCGCAACGGAUGGCUUCAGGAAGCAGUUCUGUUGCCUCGCGCACGGUGAAGCGUCGUCGGGCCAAGGCAUACGAACCCACAAGCAGCACGAGCCGGCGCACCGCCUCCAAAUCAGCUCGCUCCUGAAAGAAUACAUCACGACAACAAUGAAAGAAUCUAUCUCAAUAUCCUUCAAUUCCAUUAUCUACUUCUAUAUCUUUGACCAUUGAUAUAAUACAUUCCCUUUAAUACCC